AUGUCCGACAUCUAUACCUUCCGAACAACCUCGCAACCAAACACAGACCAAGACGAUACAUCUCUACCUCAGUUUACGCCGAACAUUCUUCCUUGUCAAAUCCACCAUGAUGGCCCAAUUGAGUCUACAGACAGGUUCUGGACACCCGUGACCGACGGAAAAGGCGUUCUUGCGAUGCCAACAAAUAGUGUCAUACAAGUUUCCACCCAGGAUUCAAAAGAAGACUCUGAUGUUGUUGAGAUUCCACCGGAGCAAGAAGAGUCCGUGAAAAUUCUUCAAAUGCAGGGAAAAUUUAAUGAGAUGAUGGUUUGGGGACAUGAACACCUUCCUGCGGCGAAUGACGCGUUUGUUAAGGGAAUGGAGGAAUGGAUGCGAUUUGCGGAGACGAUGCAUGGGACCCCCGUAACAGCUAAAGAUAAUGAGAAAGAGCUUGGAAUCUCAAAUGAGUCGUGA